GUUCAACCAUUAACUUCAUCGGUUGUACAGCUUAAGGUUGACAUGGCGGGGACACCAGCGGUUUCCGAGCAAACACCUAAGUCAUCGCCACCAGCGUUUGUGCCCUUUGACUUCUCGGAGCCCCCGCUCAUCGAAGGCUUCAUCCCGACGCCGAGGGCGAAAGAUGACACCUUCAAAGAGAAAUUCAUUAGGAAAACCAAGGAGAACCCAUUCGUCCCGAUAGGUUGUUUGGGGACAGCAGGAAUGCUGAUUUACGGUCUCCGUGCCUUCCACCAAGGAAAAACCCGAAACUCCCAGCUGUUGAUGAGGGGGCGAAUCUUUGCCCAAGGCUUCACUGUAUUUGCCAUUAUCAUUGGUGUCUUUACCACAGCUUUGAAACCCAAGCAGUGAAGAUGGACCGAUCCCACACCUCUUGUCCCAUUCAAGUCUAGCAGAUGCACCUCUGGAUUGGACUGAUUUUAAAAUCUGAACAAUACAUUAUAUUUUUGCGCGGUUCAGAUGCUAAUGCCGACCAUAUGUAUAGUGGUUUAAAUAUGGUGAUGUGAUAUUUAACGUUGGCUUUAGGGUAGCACUGUGGAACAACAAAGUAGUAUUUUACUUUGAGACAACAGUAUUUAAGUAAAAUGAUGAUAAAUAAAAAUAUUAUGCUUCUUGCUCA